AGUUUGGCAUUGCAUGUGGCAUGCGCUGGAAAUCCUGAUGCAAAACGACUCUACGAUGACCUACUCAGCAACUACAACAAACUAGUCAGACCGGUUGUUAACGUUACAGAUGCACUGACCGUGAAGAUUAAACUCAAACUGUCGCAACUAAUUGAUGUGAAUCUGAAAAACCAAAUUAUGACCACAAACCUGUGGGUCGAGCAGACGUGGUACGACUACAAGCUGAAGUGGGAGCCAAAAGAGUACGGCGGAGUGGAGAUGCUACACGUUCCUUCCGAUCACAUCUGGCGGCCCGACAUUGUGCUGUACAACAACGCAGAUGGUAACUUCGAGGUGACGCUAGCUACGAAAGCUACCCUCAACUAUACCGGGCGCGUCGAGUGGCGACCGCCGGCCAUCUAUAAAAGUUCCUGCGAGAUCGACGUGGAAUACUUUCCAUUCGACGAACAAACCUGCGUGAUGAAGUUCGGCAGCUGGACAUAUGAUGGGUUUCAGGUUGACCUCCGUCACAUCGACGAAGUAAACGAUACCAACGUUGUGGAGAUUGGCGUGGACUUAUCGGAGUUUUACACAUCAGUUGAGUGGGAUAUUCUGGAAGUUCCUGCAGUUAGAAAUGAAAAAUUCUACACAUGUUGUGAUGAACCGUAUCUCGAUAUCACUUUCAACAUUACGAUGCGUCGCAAAACGUUAUUUUAUACCGUAAAUUUAAUUAUCCCCUGUAUGGGGAUCAGUUUCCUAACGAUAUUGGUGUUCUACCUGCCGUCAGAUAGUGGCGAAAAGGUAUCGUUAAGCAUAUCCAUCCUGCUCUCGUUGACUGUGUUCUUCCUGCUGCUGGCGGAAAUCAUUCCACCGACAUCACUAGUGGUGCCACUGCUGGGGAAAUUUGUGCUGUUCACCAUGAUCCUCGAUACGUUCAGCAUAUGUGUCACCGUGAUUGUGCUGAACAUUCACUUUCGCUCGCCCCAGACGCACACGAUGGCACCAUGGGUCCGAACCAUCUUCAUCAACCACCUGCCAAAGCUGCUGGUGAUGCGCCGUCCAAUCUACCAGCCGUUGCAUCAUUUUAGUGCCGCUUCGCAGCGAUUCAUGUUGCGUUCGUGCAACGGCAUAGGGGACAACAUCCCACCGCUGCCACCGACAAUUGCAUUCGAUCCUUCGGUGCUCCUUGAUCACCAUUUGCUUGAUUCCAGUGACAGCAUAAACACAUGUCGGCUACACGGCAGCCCGACGCAUCAUCCACAUGGCCACCAUGGGGGUGGAAGCGGAAGCCAUCACCAUCACUACCAUCAUGGGAUGCGCGGCAUUAACCUGAUGGAUGACCUAACACUGCCCUACCAAGAUCACAACCAUCACAAUUCCCCGAUGUCACCGAUCAACGUAAAUCUACUGUCGUCGGUCAGUACGGCGGUUCCCAUUCCGCAGCAGGCAGCGACAGCAACAACCGGUGGUCUAUCAAGUGCCGGCGCUGCCCUACUUGAUCCUCACAGUACCUUCCAGACUAGUCUGGCAGGUGGGGUUGGCAUUAGCACCAGCGGAACGAGUAAAACUAGCACAAAUGUGAUAAUAAACACUGCAACUAACACUACUACUAGAAGUAAUCUAAGCUGUUGUAAUAAUCUUUUCCUCAACGAUGGUCGAACUGGUUUAGAUAGUAGUGUUCAAAUAACGAACAAUAACGGAGUGGGUGGCGGUGCCAUUCAUACAUCAACUGCCGUGCCAAGUGUGCCGAUUAUCAACACAACAGACAGCGGUCUUGGCGGAAGUGGUGGCGUCUGCAGCGGCGGCGUCGAUGGCAAAGAUAUAACGGCGCGACAUCGAUGGUUAACAUGUCCUGAGCUGCACAAGGCGAUGGACGGUGUCACGUACAUUGCCGACCAUACUCGAAAGGAGGAAGAAAGCACCAGAGUAAAAGAAGACUGGAAGUUUGUGGCAAUGGUACUAGAUCGGCUUUUCUUGUGGAUUUUCACCAUAGCGGUCGUGUUUGGCACGGCCGGCAUCAUCCUGCAGGCGCCCACGCUGUACGACACCCGAGUGCCGAUCGAUAUCAAGAUGUCGGAAAUUGCGACAACCACGGCAAAGCCAUAUAUUGCCAAGCCGGUGUUAUAA